AUGAUCGCCGAGCAAGUGGUGAACAAGAUCUCUUCAUCCGGGAUUUCCGGGUCCAGAGGAGGCACCCACAUUUCCGGUGGAUCCCUCUUGCAAUACCGAACAGAGAGACUCCUCCGACGUAAACUGGAAGGACGUGCCAUCGACAGGCGCAGCCGCGCGUGCGUAGUGUCUGCCAAUGUACGUAGUGUUUUGAACGAACGAGACGAGUUGGAGGCGUUUGUCGCGGCCCACUUCCCGGUGGUCAUAGCCCUCACAGAAACCUGGCUCACCCCCGACGUUCUUGACUCAGAGGUCGAGCUCCCGGGGUAUGCGUCAUUUCAUUCGGACCGUGCUCAACCAAGGAUGGGUGGGGCGUCAUGCGUUUUAUUCACGAAAGUGUACUCGUUACUCACCUCUACAGCUCCGCGGAUCCUGAUGGUCAGGGAGAAGCGCUGUGGUGCAAAACCAAACUUUGUUGCAACGGUUACACGACGAUAG